CAACUGCAAACGUUACGCCUCGGCAACAAACGUUAACGCCUCGGCAAAGAGACUAGUUCUGUCGACAGUUUACUCUCAGGAAGCGCAGCUGUAGAUCUCAGCUUUUCACCCGGGCACGCAGGAACUCACGACGGGACAAAAGGAGCGGGAACUGGGCAAACAGCGUGGACAGCAAACAGGAAUAAUAAUAUCAAGAGAACGACUGAUUUCCUCACUACGGCACUUACUUUGCUCAGUCACCAACAUUCUGUUCCGCGAUCUGGGCGAAAACGGCGAGAAAACAUGCAGCACAAGGUUGUAAGUUCCACCGUAACCAUGAUACUGCUGUGCUGUCUAUGUGCGGUAGAGGGCGCACCUUCUAGAAAACCACACAUAAAUUUGCACCUGAAAACAUCGUUUCUGAGAAAGACGGUCCCCAGAUUGAGACGCCAGGCCGAGUCAGGUGCCGAGUCAGAAGCAGCUGCAGCUACAACGGGUGCAGCCGUUACCGGUGACGUCACUACACACAUGCCGCCAACACUACCGCUGAACAGAACACGUCAGUCAGCGUCUGAAAUGGUCAACGAGGUCGACAUUGACAAGAUUUUGGACACAAGGAAUUUCAGGCCAGUGGAGCCUGUUUCAGAUCACCCGGAGGGUUACCCCGAAGGACUGCUGGGGCCUCAGCGGUUCAUGAUGGCAGUCCCCCCGCCGGGAGUGGAAGGAGUGGUCCCGCAGCUGAGCGCGAAGACCGGGGACGGGCAGGACGUCAGCAUCCCCAUCAAGGACAUCGCCGAGGAGGCUCAGGCAGAGAUCUUACGGACACGGUGCUACACGCGGUCCUCCAAGGAGCUGUUCAACAUCCUGCGGGAGCGUGGGGAGUUCAACAGGCGGUACAUGGCCGUGUCACGGGAGGACGCCAGGAAGUUUCCUAACGUCAUUGCUCUGUCAGAGACGUACGGUGACCCUUCUGAUACGUCACGUCACGUGGACAUGGACCUGGCCAAUGUCGUGCUGAAGGAACAGAUCCAGAAGCAACUCUUCAACGAUUUACAGGAAGCAAAGCAAGCGUCCCUGUCACAAGGACUGGAAAAGCUUCUCGCAUUUCCUGUCUCCAGCCGUCAGGUGAAGAUAGACGAAAUCAACACACGCUAUGUCCUACCGGAGAGUCUCGCUAGGGGCGUCGUGCUGCCCGAGGUUCUGAACAUCUCCCGUAGAAUCAUACGCGACACAGGGUCAACAGAAGUUGACUACUGCCUGGAGCGUGGCACGGUGACAGAGGACGGGUACAAGCGGCUGUGCACGGUGUGUGCCGCCACCACCGACCUGGGAGAGGACUAUUUCCCGCGAUACAUCAACGAGGCCAUCUGCAGUACUGAUAGCUCCGAUAGGGGAUGCUUCAUGGUGCAAGGUUACGGACAUGGCACGUGUAAACAGGGCACCUUCUCCGUCAGUAUCCUGCGGCGUAAGGGCCAGUGUUCGCCCACGGUUCGCGACGGCACCCGGGUGUACCUGGAGGAGUGGGAGGUGUACUCACAACAGAUCAGACUCUUCUGCGAAUGCAUGAUCAACCAACACUCCACCUUCACCAUGUUUGUCUAGAAAGUUCAUGUUUUACACCAACUGUACGUAACUAGGACGUCAAAAUGCGUAUACAAUAUAUAUCCUGGUACAAAAACCUACUAUAGACUCAGAGUCUCUUUGGUCAAGAUUGUAUCUGAGUACGGUAACCAACCUUACAUUCCCAAACACAACCUAGUACCAAGGAGGCUUGUUGAUGAAAGCUCUUUGCUUGUGUAUGCUUAUUUUGAGUUUGAACCUUUGUUUAUUCAUGAAAGCUCAAAUCAGCCUGCAGGCUGCUUUUCAUUGAGGUCAUGAGAGAAGAGGCAAGGGUCAGACAACGUAUAUAACAGAGAUAUAGUUUACAUAGUUUACUUCUAUUUGGUACAGAUCUUCUGC